UCAAACGAUAUCAACUUUUACGUCAGCUCUCCGGAUUGGUAUCAAUACUCGGCCAUUGGCUUCGGGUCCAGCAUGGCAAACUCGGUAAUUUUGGUGAUGUACCCAUCCGCAGACCGCAAAUCAGUCACCGUCAGCCCACGGUUCACAAACGGCAACACGGAACCAACCCACCACCCCCUCCGCAUCACCCUCCAUCCUGGCAGCGAGCUCUCCCCAAAAACAGGCCAAAUGACGGCCAACGGCACCUGCCACAGCUGCCGCAACCUCCAAAGCCAAUCCGCCCCCUUCAACCCCGCCAUCCCGACCAGCAACACCCCCACCGCACCGAUAAUGUUCGCCGUAGGCCCCAACUCGGGCGCCUUCUCCACCGACGACCUCGACGCCCGCAUCCGACGACACGUCGCCCACGGCAUUUUCAACAUCGACAUCUCCAAAUCAACCGGCCCCGGCGGGGUGGGGACACCAACAAACAUAACUCAGCACGUCACCUUCCCGGAUGACGACCCCUCCCUCAAAAAGUCAAGCAACAAAGCCGCCACCGCGCACGGGAUCCUGUUUGCGAUUGUGGCCCUGGCCAUCGCACCAUUCGACAAUCUUGUUGCGGCUUUCCUGGGGAGGAAGUGGCCCAAGCUGCAUGUUGCGACUGGGAGUAUUUACUUUCUGUUUACCCUAGGCGCGAUGGUGCCCGGGCUUGUCAUCAGUGGGCAGCAUGUUCUUACGAGCAAGAUGGGAACGGGGCACCAGGUUUUGGGGUUGUUGACUGUGGCGGUGAUGGUGGCCAUGGUUGGAUGGGGGGUUUGGGUCAGGAGGCGGGCAGCGGAGGGGCAGGAGGUGGUUGGGAAUGGAGGGUGGGUGAAGCAGGUGCACGCUUGGGGUGGGAGGGGGAUUUGGGUCGCGUUGUUGGUGAAUAAUGGAUUGGGACUGAAAUUGUCGGAGCAGACAAGGUUGGUGAUGUUGGGGUAUGCAGUUCUGGCAGGGGGCAUGUUUAUACUGUUGGUCCCCCUCUAUUUCUGCUUGUGGAGGUGUACAAGUGCUAGAAAGCCCAAGGCGGCGGAGGAGGAUCAUGAGCUGUACAAUAUGCCGAGUAUAUAUGACCACGAGGCGAGGUUUGGGUAUGGCAGGCAGUGA